CUAAACAAUCUUCUCCUUACCGGCAAUACGACUACUUUCUUUCUUUUUUUCCUCUUUCUGCAACUGUCAAUAGUACUCACUCUCACUCUCUCUCUCCUAAAACCCUAAUUCUCUCCUCGUGCUCGCGACUGAGUUGAAACCCUCGCCAUGAUCACUGCCUACUACUUCUACCUCUAGCUCUAUUGCUCGCAAGUUCUUUCCUUUUGCCCGAUUGUGUCAGUGACUGGUGUGGUGCCAAUACAACAAUCCGUUAUUUCGGUUGAGAGAAAAGAGAGCGCUUUCGGCUUGUUGGUUGGUGAGAUCGGAGGAGGGAUGGUGGUGGCGGAGAAUGACGGUGGGGAUGAUGGAAGGGACCUCAAUGGUGGGCCCAAGUCGCCGUGGAAGACUCCGGCGGCGCUUGAUGCCAAGGCGGCUGCGGAUAUGCCUGUGAUGGGACCUGCGGAGUCUUGGCCUACUCUUACUGAUGCUCAACUGACUAAGAGUAAUCCGGAUUCGGCUAAACCGCCCUCUAUACCCGCUGCAGAGGCAACAAACGCCGGUCCGCCUUCUAAUGCAGUGGAGCCGCCGCCCCAGUCUCCGGUUGCUGUGCAGGGAUCCGUUGGGCAUCAGAAGACAUAUGGCUCAGGAAACCUUAAUCUCUCCCACAAGAAUCCAUCAUCACGACAUCAAAGAUCAGGGUCUAAGCGUAAUCCACAUGGCCCUGGUUCUUUUCCUGUACCUGUACAAGUACCUGUACCUUUUUUCCAUCCCCUUCAAGCUGCAGUUCCACCUGUCAUUCAUCCUAUGGGGCCUCCACCACCUAUGGCAGUUCCUGCGUAUGCAUACCCGCCAUUCUCUGGACCUGUUCCAAAUGUUGAAACUCAUUUGGGAAAAUCUGGAUCUGAGACACCAGUUCAAGCUUUUAUGACACCAGCUCAGCCUCUCCCUCUCCCGCGAGGGGACCAAAAUGUUUAUCCUGCCCACUUUUCUGGUAGAAGACCCACUACACAAGAAUCUGCCAGCCAUUGGAAUCAGAAUUGGCAUCACCAACGAGCAUUUAGGGACAACGUUCCAAUGCAACAGGGUGUCGGACCAAGAACUUUCGCCAGACCUCAGUUUUUUCCUGCAGCUCCCGGGUUCAUGGUCGGACCAAGUUUCCAGGGACCAGGAUCUAUGUACUACGUACCAGUUGCACCCCCAAGUGCUAGGGGUCCUCCAUAUAUGAUUCCAUACUCUCUUAGCCCUGGGGCUCCAAUGGUAUCCCCGAAGGCCUUGGAUUUAAAAAAUGAUUUAGUGAAACAAAUAGAGUACUAUUUCAGUGAUGAGAAUUUGCAGAGUGACCGUUAUUUAAUUUCUUUAAUGGACGACCAAGGGUUGGUUCCAAUAUCCCUCAUUGCGGAAUUUAAAAGAGUUAAGAAAAUGACCACAGACAUACCAUUUAUUCUUGAUGCGCUGCAAGCCUCAGUUACUGUAGAAGUGCAGGGCAACAAGAUACGGAGGCGUGAUGGGUGGGAAAAAUGGGUUCCAGCGCAGGUCGAUUCCAUUGUGACAUCAAAACCCCAUACUCCCUUGGGCAAACUUUCAGAGAAGUCUGUCUUUGAUAACAGUGAUGGACAUGGUGAUAGCAAAAGGGAGGCUUCUGAAAAAAAUGUUGACCUAGCACAAAAUGAUGAAAAAUUGACAGAGCAGUUUCCUCUAAACAACAAUGCUGGUGGAUCUCCUUUACAUUCAGGUGGAUGUGGUGACUCAAUUGGGAAGUCAAAUGUUCCAUCUAACAGCAAAUGCUCAGAUCUUGCCAGCAAUUUGUCAACUUGCACAGACCACUUGCAAGGUACCAAACUUUCAGAAUGUGAUGAUCCUUGUACUGAAGGCACUCAAAUGUCAACAGAGGUGGCUAUUAAGAAUCAUGACGACAUAUCCAAUGAUUUUGCCAAUACUUUUAUGCUCGACGAAGAACUGGAACUUGAGCAUAAAGUGACAAAGAAUGAUGGUCUUUCAUCAGCUAGAAGGCACAGUAGAAUGGAUGAUGAAGAUGAAGAGGUCAUAGUUAAUGAUCAAGAUGUCCAAAGACUUGUCAUCGUCACUCAGAAUAGUGGGGUAAUUGAUGGAUCUACAAUAGGUGGUAAAGAAUCGAAACCCAUUUCCAAUGAGCUUGCUUCCACUAUAAAUGAUGGUCUUUACUUCUACGAGCAGGAACUGAAAACUAAGCGGUCUGGUCGUAAAAAGAACAACUCUAGCUAUUGUGCUUCAGGACUGUCAAAUUUGAAACCUGGAGAAAACUCUGCUGGAAACAAUGGACUUGAGGACUCUGGAAGUGCUAAUUCUCGAAAGAAGCAGAAUAAAAGUUUUCAAAAACACCAGUCAUCCCAUAAACAGAGAUUUUUUUCUAGCACUUUUAGGAAUCAUGGAAGUGGUCGGCAAAUAUCAGGAAUCAUAUCAGAGAGCCCACCUAGUAACUCAGUUGGAUAUUUCUUUGGGUCCACCCCUCCUGAAAAUUAUAGCCUAAGGUCUUCAAAAUUGAGUGUUUCUCCACAUGGGAUCCUCUCAGGUAGUAGUCCACCCGUGGGUUCUUUGCCCAAGUCAUUUCCACAGUUUCAGCAUCCAAGUCAUCAGCUUCUUGAGGAGAACGGUUUCAAACAACAGAAGUACCUGAAGUACCAAAAGCGAUGCCUUAGUGACAGAAAGAAGCAUGGCAUUGGUUGUAGUGAGGUGGAUUGCUUCUCCGAACUUCUUGGCUUCCUUUAUUUUAUUUUAUUUAUUAACUUAUUGAUUUUGUGGGGGUUUAGUUUCAGAUUUUGGUGCCUAUGGCCACUAAUAAAAGAAAUGAAUACUCUUUAUAGAUUUUGGUGUUAUUUCCUUAGAGACAAUUUCGCCCCUUCAAUGUAUAACGAGUUCCAGAAAUAUGCGCGAGAAGAUGCUGCUGCAAGUUAUAAUUAUGGAAUAGAAUGCCUUUUCAGGUUUUAUAGUUAUGGUUUGGAAAAGGAAUUUAAGGAGGACUUAUAUAAGGACUUCGAACAGCUUGCACUUGAGUUUUACCGAAAGGGCAAUCUUUACGGCCUUGAAAAAUAUUGGGCGUUUCAUCAUUAUCGUGAACAACGUGACCAGAAAGAGCCUCUACAGAAGCAUCCAGAAUUGGAUAGACUGCUUCGGGAAGAGUACCGUUGCUUGGGGGAUUUUCGCGCCAAGGAGCGAAGUGCUGCUACCUUGAAAGAGAACAAUCAUUAGCUAGUUAUAAUGCCUACCUGAGUGGCAUUAGAAUUGGUGAAAUGAUAAUCAAUUUUGAAUGACAGAUUCAGCCAGCUUGUUAAAGAUUUUUGGAGUUCACGGCCAAUUUUUGAUUUGGAGGCAAAGAAAAGAGAAAGAGAUGGUUUUUUUUGUAUAAUAUUUUGUUGCUGGGAUUAUUUACACACCUCUGUGAGGGCUGCUGACUGCUGAGUUUUUUUUGUUGGAAGGUUUUCCUUUGCUCGUCGGUAUGUCUUUUGUACGGAGUUAUCUGAGCUUGGAGAGGAGGUGCCUGUCAUUGUAUUCUCUCACAUUUGAUCCUUCUUUGGAUUGUAACAUGUAUAUAUAUCAAGCCAAAAAAAAAAAAAACGAAAAAAAGCAAAAAAAAAAAAAAGAAAAAACUUGUAGUUUAGACAUUGUGAAAAAUGAAAUAAGAGUUUUGAAAGUCUAAUUUGUUUUGGUUAA